UUCCUAACUUCAGUUCCCCGUCCAUAAUGGCACCCUUCCGCGAAAGACUCAAACGCAUGUUCCAUCCCAAUAAGACAGCAGCCUCCUCCGAGGCUCUAGUGCUACCGCCGAUGACAGUAUCCUCUCCAAUUAUUGAAGACAAGUACAACUUCCACUACCAUGACUCAAAUCCAACAAUGUUGAAUAUACUUCCGUACGAGCUUCUACUACAUAUUACAAGCUUCUUGCCCCUCUCCUCAAUCGCCAGCCUCUCGCUCAUAAACCGUUUCAUGAUGUAUUGCAUGAGAACACCCGAUCCUUGGACAAAGUUUCAAUUCCCUGAAUAUCUGCACGAUCGGUGCGAGUUUCUUCUACUCCUUGACCGGGAUUAUCCCCAUCAUCUACUUUGUCACGAAUGCGGCAAAUUCCACCCUCGGGAUAGUUCUGAAAAAGAUGGGAGUCGGGUAUCGAAGGGGUUCACGUGCAGAAAAUGGAUGGACAAAAACUCUAUUAGUUCUCUCGUCCUUAACCCUAGACGGUAUGAUUGGCAAGAAGUCCAGACGACCAUGCGGGCCUUUCGCUUCGGCCCUAAUUACGGCGAUUCACAUGCACUGAACUGCGACUUCAGACCCGUAAUUUCAAAUGCCGGUUGGUGGCCUAGCCCAAAUUCUACAUACCUCGGGGGCUCAAAGGGUGGAUGGGCGAGCAAAGCAUUAGCGCUCUCAGUCGAUGAUCGCCUCCUCCUCCGGGAACAGUUCUUCUGGGCCUUUCCGCGGCAUGUGAGGAACUGGCACCCGGCCUGGCUCCCUAGACCAGGAGAUAUCCGUUCUUGUCGGCAUGCACCCAGGAAUAUGAUUAUAGAUGGAGUUGGAGAUGCGAUGCGCAACGCCGCAAAGCCAUCACGGUGUCUACCACAAGCAUCCACAGGAAAGACUUAUAGGUGCGUCAUAUGUCCGACAGAAUUCACAAUCGACGUGGUGCCGUUACCACGCCGGAAGGGCCUGUUUGUCCUAGUUUUUACUCGAUAUCUCGACCUUGGAGAGUAUACUGCCAACACUGUCGUUCAAGAAUUUCUCUGA